AUUAUUUUUUUUUCAGUGGCCUUUAUCAUCUUCCUUACCUCUGGUUGUCAGCUGAGAUGAAUAAUUCCUACUUCAUGCCUAUUUACGAUGGACGUUUUGUAAGUUUGCACUGACAGAUUUAGAGCAAUGACAGUUUUUGCUGGCAGUGAAGAAGAAGCCUGCAGACAGCUCUUUUGUGUUGUAGUCGGGGUCUAUCAAAGCGGAACGAUUCGUUUCAGGGUUCAUUUUCCGGGGGAACCUCAGAGCCGAUCAUGGCGACUCUCGGCGGCAGUCGUGGGGAUCGUCUCGGCAACUCAAAUCAACAGAGGUCUUCUAUUGCAUCGCCGGAGAAAGUUCGUGAACUUCUGAAUGAUGGCGUUUCAUCGACAGCUAUCGGAUCCCACAGACAAGGAGAUCUGAAUGUCCUGGAAGUUAAAAGCAACACUCAAGCACCAUGUGAGGCAACGAACAAGGAAGCGUUUUUCUCCAGAGUGGAAUCAUAUUCAUGUUUGAAAUGGGCUGGCAAACCUCGCACACUGUCCCCCCUGAUUUGUGCCAGAUAUGGCUGGAUAAAUGUCGGCUGUGAUAUGCUCAAGUGCUCUAGCUGCCAGGCUUUCCUUUGUACAUCCCUACUACCAACUUUGGAUUUCGAAAAAUAUGAAUCCCGCAUUGCAGAGAUACUGAAACAGCUUCAGACGCAGCAUGAGAAGUUUUGCCCGUGGCCUGACUUUCCAUGCCCAGAGAGACUAUGGCUGGUUCCAGACUGUGAGCCACAAGCACUUCUUACUGCCUUUGUGGAGCGCUUCCAGAGCGCCUGUCUGCUUGCACAGCAGCUGCCAGCCAUGAAGCCGGAGCAGCUGAAAUCUAUGGCACUGACCGAGGAUGUCGUGAGUGUUUUAUUGCAGCUGAUUGAAGAAGAACAAAAAAGGAAGAGAGUGACUCUAUGUACUGAACCUUUGGCAGUCCAGGUGGCUGCAUGUAUUGUUUCUCUAUGUGGAUGGGCUGCAAGCCCAGCUGUGAAGGCCAUGAAUCUGCCUAUCCUCACCUGUUCGUACUGUAUGCGCAAGGUGGGUUUGUGGAACUUCUACCAGAUGGAGGGACUAGCAUUGGAAGAAGAAGGAGAUAGUGUGCACAACAGUGGAGGCUCCUCUGCUCAACAAACAACAGUUACUGCCUCAGCAGCUACACAUGAAGGUCAGGGGGACCAGCCUGCCUCAGCCUCAGCCUCAGCCUCAUCCACCCCUGUUACAACUCCUUGUCGCAUGAAGCUGAGGAGCCAGGACUCCAGCCGCUCUGACCAAGGUGAGGGAACUUCCUCCCCUGUAGGUUUGCGCGCCCGAAGCAGGGACUCUCCAAGUCCCAGUGAAGACAUGCCAAGUCCUUUGACAAGAGGUAAAAGGGCCGCAACACGAAAUCAAGGACAAGGCGACAACUCUGGGGCUGAAGGCACUUCCAGCCCACAAAACCCUCCGAAACGGAUGUGCCUCUCAUCAGUUGGUGCUACUGAUGGGCUCUUGCACAAGAAUUCUUUUGACCCCCUUGCACAGCACAGAGACUGGUGUCCCUGGGUCUCUGUGGGAAAGGAGAAUGUUGCGCCAAGGACCAUCCCCUUUUUGGAUGGAGGGCUUCAUCAACAGGGCUGGAAAGCUGCUCUUGACCUCCUCAUGCCCAUGAAGAAGAACUCUAAUAUAGCUGGAGGGAGUCCGGCACAGGGCCCUCGUGACAAGUCUAAAAAGGUGUUUGCUAUAUUUCGUCAGUGGCAGGUAUCCUCUUUGUCUCAGUAGAUCGUUUUCCAUUGAGACAGCAUCGCAACACUGAUUUGAUGAACUGAUCUCCUCUUGUGGUACAAUGUCCGGACUACCAACGACAGGAGCGUCAUAACAUAUCAUUGCAUGCCAUCCCUUAAAUCUGUGUUUACAGUCAGUGUUUCUGGUGGGAAAUAGAGUUGAUUGUGUCUUCAGUGUCUUCUCUGUAAAAAGUGAAGUAUGUGAAGGAUGCCGGUGUGGCUUUAACACAUUUAAACUGGGAUGUGCAGACACUGGGGGGGCUAAUAAGCCUUAUAUCCUGUGUAAGUAGACUUCAAGUAGAAGAACACAUCUUGGCAUUAAAAUUGGCUACAAAGAAGACAUCUUCUAUUAACCUCUUAUGAAGUCUGCUACAUUUGUCCUUCAUGACAUCGUGAUGGUCUGGAUUUCUGUUGGUUAUAAUAAACAAGGAAUUCCUGAUGGUGAGAAAGAGCCAAAUGGCUCGACACUGGAAAGGUAAUGUUUACCUUCAAUGUACGUUGAGUCAUUUGAGUAAACAUUAACCCCAGACAAGCAAAAAAAAAAAGAAAAAGCUGUGAGGAAGUUAUUUUUGUGUGCGUGUGUACUGUUAAGGAUACAUGUUCUCUUUGGAAAGAACUGAAUUCUUUUGGAGUAUUAACUUUUUUUUUUUCUUCAUUUAGUCAGUGCUAGAAUCCUGCUUCUGGCAGGAAGAGAGAACCAUGUGCCAUGUACUUCAAACCUGUUUUAAAUUAGAUUUAGAAUGCCUGUAUUUCCUCUUUUGCCUUUCUGUGACAUUUCAUUGCUAAUGCAGUCUUCUCUAUCUUGCAUGUGCUGAUGUCUCAGCAGAGAGAAAAAAGGGUUUAAUAAAAUGCUCCUCUGAAAGUUUGUUUCA